CGCAUAGGAUUCAGCGCGCUCCUUCUACAAAUUCAAAUCCGAAUCACAUUCUGCACCGCUUCCGCCUCCUCACCAACGCAAAGUACUUUCGCUCUCAAGAUUACUAAACCUAAAUAAAUUCAAACUUGAAUUUCGAAUUUCACGGAUUUCACAUCAACCACCGCCCUUUUCCCAGUCAAAUCUUGGGUUUUUGCAAGAAGAGUCAAAGCUGAAAUCUUUAAGUCGAGUUGUGUGCUUGGGAGUUUGAUGAAUGAAGAAUAUGAAAUUUGCUGACACUUCUCCAAUGGUCAUGGCUGGGCAGAAGAGAGGAAUUGCAGAAGUUGAAGAAAGAUCCCAACUUUCCAACAGGAAGGUGAAAAUGAGGAAUCUUGAAUCGGUGUUUCGUUCUGAAGAACGAUAUGGACCCCUUGAUCUCAAUGCUACUCUUGGAGCAUCAUCAAGCAUCACCGUUAACAGUAGUUAUGCUGCUGCACAUACGAUACAAGAGACGAACCACAAGUCUGAUCUCUUGGGAAUAGAUCUAAAUGCAGAAGAUGUCUGCAGCACAAGUUCUGUGGGACCAUUGGAUGAGAAAGAUUCACUGAAAGUGUGGAAUGAAAUGAAACAAAACGGGUUUCUCUCAAACUCUCAUGGUGGAAUCCCAAAGGCUAACAGUAGGAGGGGUAAAAAUGAAGGAAUGAAGAAAAAGAUGGAGCUUGCAAAGAAAGAACGGGUGGAUAGGUUUGCAAAGAUUGCUGCCCCAACCGGGUUGUUAAACGGGUUGAACCCGGGAAUCAUUAACCAUGUACGAAACAGUAAACAGGUCCAUUCCAUUAUCGAAGCCCUUGUGAGGUCUGAGAAAUAUGAGAAUCAUAAUGGUGGGCGUAGAAAUGCAAUUCAGCCGAAGAGUGAGGAAAGAAAGAUGGCAGAAUGUCAACCUGCUUUGAAUUCGAAUUUCAUGGGAGUAGGAGGGGAUUUAUCCAUACCUGAGGGAAGGGUAUCUGAAAUGACAGAUUUGCACCUGGAUGAGUACAUGGAUUCCAAGGACAAUGUACUUGGAUUGAAUUUGUCAUCAGCCACAACCGUUGCCUCGUAUGACAAUAGUACGUUGUCAAAUGAGGAGCCUGCAAACCUUAGCAGUGUUACAUCACUAUCUGUCAAGGCUGCCAAUGUAGCUGCUCAAUGGUUGGAUUUGCUUUAUCAAGAUAUUAAAGGACGUCUUGCAGCAUUGAAACGUAGUAGGAAAAGGGUACGGGCUGUUAUUCAGACAGAAUUUCCUUGCCUCAUCUCAAGAGAAUUUUAUUCUAAUCAAGAAAUUGAGCCAUUCAAUUUACCAACUUCAAAUGUUGGCCAAUGUGACAAAGAUACUCUCAGUGCACAUCAUGCUAGAUGGAGUUCUCUGUUUGGCCAGAUGGAUAGAGCUUUAGCCGAAGAAGAGAGACAUCUGGAAGGUUGGCAGAAGGAAGUACAUGAAAUGCAGCAACAAUGCGAAAAUGGCCUUAGCAAAUAUAGCAUACCAUGCGGCCCACCUCAAGUUUCUGCAUUACAAAAUGACCGCAGAUUGGAGAAAGAUGCAGAGAGGGAUUUAGCAGUUCGGGCUGCUGCUGCUUCCAUUUAUUCGACAUGCAGCUUUUUGUCAUCAAUGGAAAAUCCGUCGUGUUGCUGAUUCUUCGUCUAACUUCAGCCUCUCAGUAUAUCGAUUUGAGCUUCUAAUUUUAGUGUAUUUUUCAAUUUUUUAUUUGAUUAUAUUGAUCCAGACUACUUGGUGACAUGCAGUCGUGAUAUGAGAUUAUAUUGGCGUUCUAUUGAUCCUCUUAGUUCACAUUGGUUAAAACUUUUCUAUAUUGUCAAAUGGUACAACAGCACAAGUUGUUAUUUUAGGUCUUCUUCGAAGUAUGGUUUGCCCCAUUGAUCUUGCAUCAAGAUGAAAAAUGGCGUGCCCC